AUGAUGGAGGUGUUUUUCAUGUGUAUGCUACUCCUGCGUUUUAUAGCAGCAACCGACGCCUUUUCCGAAGACGAUGCUAUGAGGUUUUUUCAUCAGUAUGGGUAUAUAGAAAAUGGUUCUCUAGCAGAUUUCAAUACAACGCUCCUACAUUUCCAAGAACGAUAUAAUUUAUAUGUUGAUGGUACAUUAAACGAUGAAACCAUAGCAUUAAUGCAAAAACCUCGAUGCCAAACUGGUGAAAACGAUUACUCUCUUACUGGAAAAUGGUAUAAACAUAAUCUACGAUGGUAUUUUCCUCAGGCUGAUCGAGCGCACCAUAUAAUUCAAAUAGUUGAACGAGCCUUUAAAAUGUGGGAAGAUGUUUCAAAUUUGCAUUUUAGCAGAGUAACUCUUCCUGUUCCGACACCAGAUAUCACUAUAACAGCCGUUAAAGGAAAGCAUUAUUUUCGCUCCAACUGUAUGGGUAACCGAGAGUGUGGACAGCAGUUUGAUGGUCGUGGUGGAAAAUUAGCACAUGCAUAUUUUCCCCUCAUUAAUGAUACUUGCGUAGAAAUACAUAUAGACUUGGAUGAAAAAUGGAGUUAUAAUGUGAACGAUACAGAUUAUGAUUCUGCCAAUCUCUUUAUGGUUAUUCUUCACGAAAUUGGUCACAGUUUAGGUUUAUCGCAUAGUAACGAUAAGAAUGCUGUAAUGUAUCCCUGGUAUUCACAUAAAUUACUCACUAUUACUCAGGAUGAUAUUAACGGUAUGGAGGCUUUAUACGGACGCAAAAGUACAUAUAUUACUACGCAGCAAACUAGUGCAUCAACCCAGGCAACACCGAGAAAAAGUACAUCUUAUAUUCCUACACAGGCUAGUACAUCAACUCGAUCGCAUAAAUCGAGGGUGCAUACUACAAGACCCCGUCCUAUACCAACCGAGAUUAUACCUCACCAAACAACGAAAACUGCACCGCCUUUUUGUGCUAUUGAAUAUCCUAAUAUUCUCUUUCUGGCAUAUGAUCCUCAGUUUAAGAACCAUCAUAUGUAUAUAAUACAUGAUGGAUUUGUAUGGAAGAAUGAUCUAAAUGGUCACAUGGUACCGAAUAAUCCCGACCAUUUGAGUACUUAUUUACCUAAACAAAUAAGAAAUAUUUCGUAUGUGUUUCAGAAUACGGCUGGUAACUUAAUUGUUACAUCAAAUAAUACUAUGUACUCAGUAUCAUUUCCCAGCAUAACUAUUUCAAGAGAUAUACCUCUGUUUAUAUUACCACCCCAUGCCGAGAUAAACGUUGUAUUUCAGACUCAUACAGGAAAGACGUAUAUAUGGUAUGACAAUACAGCAUUCAUUGAAUAUGACGACAUAAUAGACCUAGUCAUUAGCAGAGGACUUAUAAAGGACAUAUUCCCUGGAGUACCGACCACCGUUAAAUCGGUAUUUAAAUAUAUAGAUGGACAUUUAUACUUUCUAGAUGGCAGCACGUAUUACAAAUAUAAUGAAUUUACAAAGAAGAUCAUCGAAAUUGGCAGAUUUAAUUGGAACUUAUUCGGAAUUCCUUGUCCAGAUGACAGCCUGAUUACACAGUUGAAAUAUUUACUGAAUAAAGUUGGCUCUUUUUAUACAUAA